AUGUCUGUUCAGCAGUUUGGUACCAGACUUGUCAAAGAGAUCACCGUGGCUAUGGAUUACAAGUGUGUGCUUGACGACAGAUUAAUCGACGUGUUUUUCAACAAUACCGUUGUUCAGCUGCAGUUUUUCAAGGCCCGCAAGUUGGGUAUGUAUCUUGAAGGAGAUAGCAGCCAAGUCAUCAAUUUUUCGUACGCGCAGAUUCGGGUUCACAAAUUCAUCGCGUGUAUCAAGCGUAUGGCGCCAGCAGUGAUGAGCUUUGAUAUCGGCAACCUUAUUAGAGAGCGAGACAACCUUGAGAUAACUGAGGCAUUUAUUGGUGAAUCUUGGAAUGAGCUGGGCCGAGUUGACAUGCAUUAUUUUUUGGCAGGCGACCAUUGGCAGAUAUUUCAGAUUGCCCGUCAGAACGCGCCGACUUUGGUUGACUUGUCGACAUUUAUAUCAGACCAUGCAGACUUUUGUAACUUGAUUAUCAACGAGCAGGCCAACCCUGUAGUAUACUCUAGUGUGACGAGCCUUGGUCUACGCAUACGUCAUGAGCACCAGAGCAGCUUGAUCUUGGCCGUUCUUGACACGCAGCCAUUUUCCCAUCUGCACAAGCUCUCCCCAACGGUCACAUUUGUGCUAGGCGACGAUCUUUUGUUCUGA